AAAGGGACGAUCAUAUAAAGUCAUCCAAAAUUUGUCAUUAGCACAAAUUCUUUGUGUCCCAUCUUAAGAGCGAAAUGUCGUCCCCAGCUAAUAGCCAAGAAAGUGAUUCAACUUUUAACAGCAAAAUCAGGACGAGGCGCAUCAUUUCUGACGACAUUUCCAAAGUUGUCUCCCAUCUGUCAAGUUAUUUCUGUCGGGAUGAAUUCACCCUCGGUCUGUGGCCUUCGGACGACGUGUUGGUUGACUUGGAGUGGAUUCUGGAGAAAAUAAUUUCUCACGGAUUAUGCACACUUGCAGAGGAUAUCGAGACACUUGAGAUUGUUGGCGUCCUCUGCUGUUACAUUCAACCCAUGGACAAGGAAAUUCUUGCAUUCUCCAAGCUCAAGAGUUACGCAAUGAAGAUCAACUUUGGUCUGAAUACGGUCGCCGUGAAGAAUUCGAAUUUCUGGGAAGUAAUUAACGAGUCCCAAUAUUUGCACGUUUUUGCCCUCUCGGUCCACCCAGAUUGGCGGAACGCCGGAGUCGGGACGCGACUCGCAAAGGAUGCCUUUUUCUCCGAUGAAAUCCAGACAGGGCCGCAUAUCCUGGCCUCCAUGUUCACAAGUCCGUACAGCACGAAAAUUGGAAAAAGGCUCGGAUUCAAAGAAAUGCCAGAAUCUGUUGUGAAAUACGAAACAUUAUCAUGGGACGGAAAGUUGGUGUUUGACAGUGAAGAUCUGAAAAGGCAGGUGGAUGGGAAAAGCUGUGAAAUUUUGUGGAUGGAUUUGAACACCAUUUUAUAAAUUUAAGACUUAGAAUCUCUACCAAAAAAGUCUUAUAUUAAAUAUGCGUAUCUUAAAUCUUGUCAUAAAUUAAAUAAAGAAAAUAGUCAAACUAA